AUGGCAACGGGCGGUUGGGUAGUAGAUCUUGAUACCAAGGAACACAAGAACUGGGUGAUGGUUGGUUGUGCCCUGAACAUUACCAAAAAAGGAAUUACAUCAAAAAUUCAACAGGAAGUAGAGCCUUGGUACCAGUCUCUUAUUUCCAGGCCUCCGCUUAAGUCUCUUCCGUCAUGUACAUGUGCAUCUCGAACACCAAAAUGUGCUUCCUGUGUUACGUGGGAGGCGGAACUAACCCAUCUUCACCUGGCCCCGCGACCAAGAGUUUGCUGGAACAACAGUGACAGAAAACAAUGGGGAUCUCCAACUGCAGCUUGGGAAAUAGCAAAGCUCUACAUGCCAACUUUAGGUGGUCGAAAAGUAGAUGUUGUCAACGCCGAAACUACGGACAUAAGUGGUCUGUUGAACUUGUUGGAAUGGUGUCCAUUUAUUAACCCCCGUGUGAGCAGUACAGUUUUGACUUCCGCGCGAGAGGACAGGAAUCAUUGGGCUCAUGCUCCGAAUCAAGAACUUGAAGAUGCAGAUGUCGCAACCAUAUUUGGUCAUUUGAGUGACCUGCUGAGUGACCCUGUGUUCAACGCUGAUAGUGUGGCCCAAAAGGCAGCAAAAGACUUGCAUGAUUUGCAAUGUCAAGGUCUUGUGACAGUCACUCAUGCUGAAAUCGAGGCUCUUCGUUUGCUGCGCCAGUGUCUUGUAGCUGAUGUGAAAAAAUGCCAAGAUGACCUAUCUGAUUUUCAAGAUAAACUUGCACAAUUUGAGACGGAAAAGAAGACAUUUGAUAAAGCCAUGCAGAGUGAUUUAUCUGAAGUGAAAAAUCAGGAAAAUCUGAACAGAGAAACGAUUAACCAGUUGACACAGGAGCUCGAUAACUUAAGAGACAUCUUAGCACAUCAUAUUACCGACAUACCCAAAAUAAUGCUUGCCGCAGACAACUUCAACAAGCUACUGAGUAAGAGGAACGAUCUAAGUGAGUCUCUCGAUCAUAUCCAUGACGAUGUGGAAUGUAUCAAAACUAAACUGGUUGUAACGGAGAGUAAAGUGGAGAACUUGCGAUACGACUGCCAAAGCCUGAAAUGUGAAAUGUCUCUUCUGCAUAGAAAAGUCAUGGAACUAAAAAACAUGGUAAGGAAAUGGGAUAUCUACAGGGGAGAAAAAGAUCAUGACAAUGGUGUGUUCGUGUGCACCAUACCGAGAAGGUUACCAUUGUUCACAGGCCGAAAGUCAUCCCUGGAAUGGCUUGAAAGGAAUAUUAUCACUGAAAAUAUUGGGACUGAAAUGUCCUGUUGCACCAAAACAAUAUGUGGCCUUGGAGGCUGUGGCAAGACUUCUUUGGCUAUAGAAUUUGCUUGGAAUUACAAAGAUCGCUUUCCAGGUGGCGUGUUUUGGAUUAAUGGGGAAAGUAAUGAUAAUAUUCAAAAAUCGGUGUCAGACGUGUUUGCUUUUGUCAAAAAUGAUCUUCCCUCAGUAAAUGAGGACAUUGAUUACACUUUGAACAGAUUCCUACCAUGGCUGUCCAAGAAGAAACGUCCAUGGCUUCUCUUAGUGGACAAUGCAGAUGAAUUGCAUGAUUCAACGUGUUCUUCAGGCAUCAAGAAAAUAUUCAAAGGGACUUGGCAAACAGCUGACCCUCAUGUAUCACAGUAUGGUCACAUACUUCUCACUACAAGGCAAAAUUCAAAAGUCGUCAAAACAUUCUUAAAACUACCAUUCCCAAGUAAGGAAUGUCUGGAGUUAGAUUGUUUCACCGAGGAAGAAGGAGCGUCUUUUCUCAUGCAAAAAACCGAUCGCCAGGGAGAAGCCAAUCACAGAGAAGCCAUCUGUUUAGCGAAAGAACUGGGAGGACUUCCACUUGCCCUUGAGCAAGCGGCAGCCUUCAUAUCUGCUAGUCCUAUUCCACUGAGUUUCAAAGAUUACUUAGAAAAGUAUCAAGAAGUCAAUCAAGGCGUGUGUUUCUUGAAGCAAGAGCCUGUUUCGGCGCUGGAUACCGUGGAGGCUCAGCAUCGAUUGUCAGUUCACACAACUUGGAAGAUGAAUUUUGAAUACGUUAGAAAAGCAUCAGCGGCUGCUGCCAGUAUGAUGCAUAUCGUAGCCUUUUUUGAUUCGAUUGACAUUCCUCUUUGUCUCAUCAACCCGGGCUCUCCUGAAUUACACAUUAAGGAAUUACGGGAAAGUAUUAGUUCGAAAACUGACGUUGCUUAUAUCUUGAGGGUACUCUCAAAUUAUUCCCUCGUUUCAUUCGAUCAAGAAAGUGGAGUCUUCAGCAUCCACAAACUUGUUCAAGAAGUCAUUAGGGAAAGCCUUUCUAUAUCUCAGUGGGAAGAGGCACUGAAGGCAGCCNGUCGUCAAAACAUUCUUAAAACUACCAUUCCCAAGUAAGGAAUGUCUGGAGCUAGAUUGUUUCACCGAGGAAGAAGGAGCGUCUUUUCUCAUGCAAAAAACCGAUCGCAAGGGAGAAGCCAAUCACAGAGAAGCCAUCUGUUUAGCGAAAGAACUGGGAGGACUUCCACUUGCCCUUGAGCAAGCGGCAGCCUUCAUAUCUGCUAGUCCUAUUCCACUGAGUUUCAAAGAUUACUUAGAAAAGUAUCAAGAAGUCAAUCAAGGCGUGUGUUUCUUGAAGCAAGAGCCUGUUUCGGCGCUGGAUACCGUGGAGGCUCAGCAUCGAUUGUCAGUUCACACAACUUGGAAGAUGAAUUUUGAAUACGUUAGAAAAGCAUCAGCGGCUGCUGCCAGUAUGAUGCAUAUCGUAGCCUUUUUUGAUUCGAUUGACAUUCCUCUUUGUCUCAUCAACCCGGGCUCUCCUGAAUUACACAUUAAGGAAUUACGGGAAAGUAUUAGUUCGAAAACUGACGUUGCUUAUAUCUUGAGGGUACUCUCAAAUUAUUCCCUCGUUUCAUUCGAUCAAGAAAGUGGAGUCUUCAGCAUCCACAAACUUGUUCAAGAAGUCAUUAGGGAAAGCCUUUCUAUAUCUCAGUGGGAAGAGGCACUGAAGGCAGCCGACACGCUUCUUCAGUUUGCAAGCGAAGCAACCGCGCAAUCUAUUCAAAGUUACACACAGGAGUUAAAGCUUCUGAACGCAGAACUCGAUGAGGAGCACAAACAGGUAACUUAAAAUAGAGACUGAUAUCUACCGAACAAACUGAGUAAUCCUCCAUCUUAGGUAAAACUCUGGUGAUGGACUGCAGUGCAAGAAAGCUUUUAAAAAAGUGUUUCGUUUCCACAGUAUUAAUAAUGAAGCUUUUUUCGACUGGCCAUGUUCCUAAACAAUAAUAUCUAUAAUUAAUACUGGUAAUUGGACUGAGUCCAAUUUGGUCUGCAGUCAUACGAGUGAUUAACAAAAGCACGCCGUCGUCCGUUUUGUUUAAUCACGAGUAUGAUUACAGAACGAAUUGGAUGACACGAAGUUCUGUUACCAAUUAAUCAUAACUAUAACAAAAUUUGUGAUAUUUUAGGCUUUUGCAAUGAAAACAAAAAAUUCCGUGUUUUUUGCUAGCAGUGAACAAAGAGCCAUUUGAGUGCGCGUGCGCGAUGCCGUGUGCUGGCCAAUAGGGUGCUUUAGCAUCGACGACGGCGAGGGCAGCGAAAACGUCACUUGUAAAACGAAUCCGCGUUUUUUCAAACUCUGUAAUGUCUAUUCCAGUUCGCUGAAAAUAAUAACAUUAAUCCAGGGAGCCCACUCGCGUUAGCAGUUUUCAGUGAGGUAUUGCAAAAAAAUAAAUAUAAAAUGACCAAAAAACUACAUGCUAGAUUUCCUACUUAAAAAAAAAAAAUAAGAGAUAAAAAUUGAUAUUUACAUAUAAAACCAAUUCAAAAAUAGUUUAAAAUUGGAUUACGCAUUCUUUACAGCGUUUUAAGCUUUGCCUUAAAAAGGGACAAUGAUUUGCUGCUUUUAAUGUCAUUGUCUAGGUUGUUCCAGUCCUUAGACGCUUGAAAAAUGAAAAAAAAAUAGUUUAAAAUUGGAUUACGCAUUCUUUACAGCGUUUUAAGCUUUGCCUUAAAAAGGGACAAUGAUUUGCUGCUUUUAAUGUCAUUGUCUAGGUUGUUCCAGUCCUUAGACGCUUGAAAAAUGAAAGUUUGCUGGCUCCAAUUGGUGCGCGCGUGAGGAAGGUGUAAAUCAUUACUUCUCCGAGUUUAAUGAGAAUGAAAAUUACUAUUGCGCCUGAUGUCAGAUUUAAAAUCAAUUUCCCCUAUCAAAUAUUUUUGCAUCAUACCACAGCGACGGAAGUGUCGUCUCUUUGAGAGGGUCUUUAGGUUCAAUCGAUCUAGUGCCUCGGUUGAUGAACUUCUUGGUGGCAAAUUAAGCAGAACCUUUGCUGCCUUGUUUUGAAGGACUUGCAGCUGACCCGUGAGCGUGUUGUUAUUUUCGUCACCACACAUUGCCAGUCUCCAUAGUCAAACAGUGGGAUGAUUAAGCAAUUGUAUAGUGUUAGCUUAGCAUGUAAAGGUGAAAGAUGUGGUAUUCUCUUUAUCAUUCCAAUCCUUUGAUUGAUCUUUGUACUGAUAGUAUCGUUGUGCUCUGACGAAGUCAUGGUUUGGUUUGUAACAACUCCCAAUUUCUUAAACGAGUCAGACCUUUCAAUAGCAGUGGAAUUUACUUUGAGGAAAAUGUCAUUAACCAGUUUAAGCUUCCGUGAGUGACCAAAAAUGUCGAAAUUUUAUUUGGAAAUAGUUAGGGUCAACAGAUUACUCAAAAAUCAUUUCAAUUGGAAACUGUAGACGAAUCAGAAUUGAACUUGCUUUCAAGGUCAAACAGAUCUAUCGAUGAGUAGUGUCGUCAGCAUAAAGAAUAAUUUCACUGGCAAGCUGACACGAUGGUAAAUCAUUCACACAAAAAAAGAAAAGAAGCGGUCCUAAUGUGCUUCCUUGUGGAAACCCAACAGUUAUUGGUGCAGCGAGAGAGAUUGUAUCUCCAACAAACGUCCUUUGGUUUCUGUUCGUGAGGCAUGACUGGAACCAAUUAACAGUGUCAUCUGAGAUUCCGACCAAUUUAAGCUUAUGAAGUAAAAGGUUGUGGUCAACUGUGUCGAACGCUUUCAACAGGUCCAAGAAAACAGCCCCUGUGAGAGCACACGCAUGUUCAGAAGUAUGUUAUCUGUAAAGCGUGUCAAGGCUGUAUCAGUUGAUAUCUUAGGUCGAAAACCAAAUUGCUUGGAGGUAAUGAUCUUGUGGUCAUUGACAAAAUAGUAAAGUUGGUUAUGUGCCGUCUUCUCCAGAUUCUUGCUCAACAUAGGUAACACCGUUAUUGGCCCGUAAUUGUUUGGGUCACAGCGAUCGCAUUUUUUGAAGAGGGCGGAUACCUUUGCAAACUUCCAUAAGGAAAGGAAUGUACAAAUGACCAACGAUCGAUUAAACAAUUUUGCGAGACUCUUACUAAUUACACUAGCUAACUCUUUCAAAACACCAGCACUGAUAUUGUUCAGGCCAAUUGCUGUGUUGGUUCUAAGUUGUAAUUGUCUUCGGUAAUUGUCUUAAAACAAGCUUUGGCAAAUCAGUUAGCUUGGAGGAGGAAAUGAUGGUCAGAUAAUGGAGGAUUUUAGUUUCAUAGCGAGCUUUGUACCUAUUGUAGAGGAGUGUAUAUUUAGGAUUACAGUCAUCUUCCUCGUUUGCAACAGAUCCUCAGUCAACGUCCUUUAAGUAAUUUACGAAAUCUUUUUUGGAAUAAUUUUUGAAAGAGCGAUAUUCAAUAGUUUUCCCUGGUGCUUUUGGUGACGCCUGACUUAGGGCCUGCUUACGUGGAGGUGGGGGACCCCAGGUAGGUGAAGUAACCUGCCUGUCCAUAUAACCUGUCAUAAAGUAUUACUUUGAUCAAGUUUACAUAAUAGGUGGGGUGACCCGCUACAUGUUACCUUACCUAUCUGGGGUCCUCCACCUCCAUGUAAACAGGCCCUAAAUGACACAGAACAUCAUGAGUAGUCAUGCUUCAGCAAAAUUAGGCCUCUCUGGUGUCGAGUAAAGGGUCGAGUCUAUGGCAUCACCCAUUGUUAUAACUUAGGGAAAAGGUGCGUUCCUCAAUACUAAUGAUGGUCUUCCUCCUUAUAUAAUGAAGUGGAUAGGUUUACUAAUGAGGGUCUGUCUACUACAAUAGGCUUGCCCGUUAAGUAGCUUGAGCCCGGUUUGUCGGACCGUCUAUUAAAAGAGAAAUAGGAAUAAGAGAAGCGAUUACCUAGCAACGCGAGAAACGGCUUACUAUAUCUUAAUUAGCGCUAAAAAUCGGAUACAUCAACAAACACAUACACAACGUGGAGCUAAAAAGUCUUUAUUUCAAUUUUGUCUAAUAAUUACAGAACCGUUUUCUCCUAUUUAUCUCGAGGACAUGAAAAACGAUUAAAGUCUUGUCAUUUUCACGCACUGUUACUCAGUUAAUUAUGCGAGUUCACAAUCCCAAAGUUGAAUACUAAUUAGUUUAUCUCUACAGCUAGACCCAAGGGAGCACCUUGACGUAUUAUUAUAUAAGCAAUUUUAAAUAACUUAAGGUGGCUCGAUACAGUUUUUCAGGGUCAAUACCUCCCAAGUUUGAGCUUAAACUACGUCGCCAUAAACAAAGAUUUGGAAAAAUUGAAACCACAGUUGUAUUAGAUAAAGACGAAAAUUUGUUAUGAUCGGGGUUGCAAUGACAUCGGAGUUGUCAUAGCAACGAAAUGACGCCAUGACCUAUUUUACUUGCAGCAGCAUUUCUCGGCACUGGAAACUGUUCUUCCAAAGUCGUUUACUGGAGCUUUUUCCUUCAAUAGCCGCUCUUGAUGUUCGUGAAGUUUAAGCGACAUCUGUAAGAGCGUUAUCGAAAUAUUUUGUGAAGAAGUUUUUAUGGCUAGAAAUACGGUAGAAGAUGGACAAUCUUGAUGUUCGACUGUUAUCUGUACUAAACAAAGCGCUUUUGACAUGCAAUUUUACCUCAUAGUAGAUUUAAUCUUUUUAAAAACGUGUGUGAAAGAUCAUGGAGAUACAUCCAGCCGAUUGCUAGAAAGAAGGAUUUGAUUAGUAUGUAUCGGGGCGCUCUUGUUAGCUUUAAUUUAAACAUUUCGUUCUACUUUAACCAAUUAGCGAAAAAUUUUUAAACCGCUCGAUAGAUUUUUUAAAAAAUUUGAGAAUCUUGACGAAUUAACCGUCCUUUUAUAUGACCUCUUAGUUUCAAGAUUAUUGAUAUAUUGUAAGGCAGUAAAAUAAGGGCUAAAAUUCGCUAAUAAUUUUUCGGAAAUUUUGUGUUUACAAGUGAGAGCCUCUCAUUAUUCAGGGUUAUUGUCUCAAAGUUUCAUGUUCACGUGAACAGCAGUAACUAACAAGGCAUUUCAUAUAUGCAAAAAUGCUAACUGUUGUUCUGUACGAAAAUACACAAUACCCCUGAAUAAUGAGGGCUCUCUAUGAAGCUUGGCUACAGGCAUUCCAAUAGUCCCAUGCAAAUCCCGGUGGAAAUGAUAUGUAAUACUCGUCGUAACAUUGUUAGAAUCAAAACUACCCUGAUUGUUUCCAUAAGCGUAUUCACGACUUACCAGCAAGUUAAGGAAACAGAAGAAGUCUGAUUUCCACUAAAGCUACGACUUAACACUGCACGUUAAGAUCUUUUAAAAAUGAGAAAUUGACAUCUUAAUAAAUCAAAAAUGUAUUAAAAUCUUGUUUUUUGUCUUUUAUCCUUAUUGCAGAUAGAGGCACUGGCGGGGUCGUUGUUAGGAGACCUUACUUGUGGACAAAUACCCUUAAAAUUGUCUGAUGAUGUGCGUCGUUCAUGUAGCAGUUUGCGUGAGGUUAUCAGAAAAGGUUGCGCUUAUUUCAGAAAUAGAAACUUCUUGCAGUGCCAUCAUAUACGUCUAGUAGAGCAUCAAAUAACUCUUGCGCAUAAACAAAAUGCAAACAUCGUAGACAAAAGCAAAUUGAAAGAGAUAGCUUCGCGUUUUGACAGGGCCAUCUGUAACCUAAGCAGGGCUGGAAAGGAAUUUAAUUCCUGCUUGAGUAGUCUACCUUGUUGA